CCAGACAGAGUGGAAGGCCAGUGAGUUGGUCAUAAUGGCAGAAGAAGAAAUGAAUGAAGACUAUCCAGCAGAAAUCCAUGAGUAUUUAUCAACAUUUGAGAAUUCCAUUGGUGCUGUGGAUGACAUGCUGAAGACCAUGAUGUCUGUUUCGGGAAAUGAGUUGUUACAGAAGUUGGACCCACUUGAACAAGCAAAAGUGGAUUUAGUUUCUGCUUACACAUUAAAUUCAAUGUUUUGGGUUUAUUUGGCAACUCAGGGAGUUGAUCCUAAGGAACACCCAGUAAAGCAGGAAUUGGAAAGAAUCAGAGUAUACAUGAUCAGAGUCAAGGAAAUAACUGAGAAGAAGACUGCCAAGCUAGACCAAGGUGCAGCUUCAAGAUUUGUGAAAAAUGCCUUCUGGGUACCAAAACCUAAAAAUGAAUCCAAAGUUGCCAGUAAAGGAAAAAGUAAAAAAUAACCUUUUGGUUUUGAUGUACACAUGUUCAAAAAGUACAUCAUUUUUAUUGUUUAA